CUCACGUGCAAGACUUCAACUUGAACUUUCUUCGAGUUCUCUUCACCACAGCUCAAUUGUGGGCUUGGUAUCCACACAACGAAUCCAUGCGAUGAAGGUGCUUUGCGUGGCAGAGAAGCCGUCGAUUGCGAAAGCGGUCGCUCACCAUCUUGCUGGUCGAGUGACAACUGACAGUGUUCGUGGCAACCAGUAUGUCAAGAAUUAUAGGUUUGACUUCCGAUUUCCACAAUGGGGUCAAUGCGACGUCACCUUCACAUCUGUGCUUGGCCAUGUUAUGGGCCACGAGUUCAUCGAGCGGUACAGGAAAUGGCACUCGUGCCAAGCUUCGGAUCUUUUCGAUGCCCCCAUACAGAGCUUUGUUGCAGAGGACAAAAAAGCCAUCGCAACCAACAUCGAAUCACAAGCUAGAAAUUCACAGAUCUUGUUUGUAUGGACAGAUUGCGAUCGUGAAGGUGAAAACAUUGGGGUUGAAAUACGAGACAUCGCUUUGAAGGUCAACCCAAGACUUCGAGUCUGCCGUGCCCGAUUCAGCAACAUCGAGAGAGCACAUAUCAUUCAGGCAUCACAGAAUCCGAUCCAGCUUGACGAGGCACAGUCAAACGCGGUUGCCGCUCGCAUUGAACUCGAUCUACGACUUGGAGCAGCUUUCACUCGCAUGCAAACAAUGAGUUUGCAAGAUAUGAUUCCAGUACGAGCCGGCGAACGAGGAAAACUAAUCAGCUACGGCUCUUGCCAGUUCCCGACUCUGGGUUUUGUCGUCGACAGAUAUCUCCGCGUGCGCAACUUUGUUCCUGAAUCCUUCUGGCACAUCAAGGUCGACCACGUCAAGGAUGACGUGGAAGUCAAAUUUAGUUGGCGAAGAGGUCAUCUGUUUGAUCGUAUGGCUGUCACUCUGAUCUUCGAGAGAUGCCUUGUUUCAAAGACGGCCAAAGUGACCAAAAUGGCUAAGAAACCGACAAGAAAAUGGAAGCCACUCCCUCUCACUACAGUUGAGCUGCAAAAGAUGGGGAGCAGAUUCCUGCGCAUGUCGUCACAAGAAGUCAUGAAGAUUGCCGAACAGCUCUACACCAAAGGCUGGAUCAGCUACCCACGUACCGAGACCGACCAGUUUGAUCAAGGCACGGAUCUUCGUACCAUCAUUUCGAGGCAAACCCAAGACGGUCGUUGGGGCAACUUUGCUCAAGAUCUUAUCAACGGAGGCUUCAAUCAGCCCCGCAACGGACGUAAUAACGACAAAGCCCAUCCGCCCAUCCACCCUGUCAACUACGUCGCGCCCGGUUCUCUGAAUGAGAACGAACGCAAGGUGUACGAAUUUGUUGUUCGUCGCUUUCUGGCAUGCUGCUCCGAGGAUGCGACGGGAGAGGCUACAGAUAUCGAAAUUGACUAUGGGUCCGAGGCAUUCCAUGCCCACGGUCUGCGGGUCGUUGCCAGAAACUAUCUCGACGUAUACCCAUACGAUAAGUGGGAAAGCAGCCAGCAGCUGCCGCAGUAUGUAGUAGGCGAGACGUUCCAGCCCACAGAAGUAAACAUGCUAGACGGCAAGACGUCAGCACCUUCGUACCUGACGGAACCUGAACUCAUCGCCCUGAUGGAUGUCAACGGCAUCGGCACCGACGCAACGAUGGCCGACCAUAUCGGCAGGAUUCAGGACCGCGAAUAUGUAAUCGCUCGGCCAAAAGGCGGGGCUGCAGGUAAUGCAGGCAAUGCUGGUAAUGGCGCAGGCAGAGGACGCGGCCGAGGAAGAGGAGGUAAUGCUCGAGGCGGCCGUGGCGGCCGUGGCGGCGCAGCAGCGGGUCAUAACGGAGGUGGGGGAGCGGCAGCCGGCGGAGUACAAGAGUUCAUUCCGACGACGUUGGGCGUCGCGCUUAUCGAGGGGUACGACAAUGUGGGUAUCGAGACCAGUCUCAGCAAGCCCUUCUUACGCAAAGAGAUGGAACUCCAAAUGAAGGCCAUUUGCGAGGGGCGCACGACGCGCAACGAUGUUGUGCAACAGAACCUGGAUCAGUACCGCGCCGUCUUCAACCGCACCAUGCAGCAGAUCGGCGUUCUCAAGUCUGCCAUCACCAAGUACGUUGUGGCGGCGAAUCAUGGGUGAUGUGUAGUGCACAUGC